AGAGGUUGGAACAGAGAGAGAGAGAGAGAGAGGCAUUCUAAUGUGAAUGAUGAUGAGUAUUAUAUUGUGUCUUGGUCUCCCCCAUCAGAUGCCUGUAAGCUCACACUGGACCCAAACACAGCACACAGAGAACUCUCUCUGUCUGAGGAGAACAGAAAGGUGAUAAAAAGAGAGAAGCAGCCGUAUCCUGAUCACCCAGAGAGAUUUGACUACCGUCCACAGGUGCUGUGUAGAGAGGGUCUUUCUGGGCGCUGUUACUGGGAGGCAGAGUGGAGUAGAGGAAAGGUUUCUAUAGCAGUGACAUAUAAAGGAAUCAGCAGGAGAGGAGAGGGUUAUGACUGUAAGCUUGGAUACAAUAACAAGUCCUGGAGUCUGUACUGUGAUGAUGACAGUUACUCUGCCAGGCACAAUAAGAAGAGCACUGCCAUACCUGCCCCCCCCUCCAGCUCCCACAGAGUAGGAGUGCAUCUGGACUGGCCGGCCGGCACUCUGUCCUUCUACACAGUCUCCUCUGACACACUGACCCACCUGCACACAUUCCACAGCACAUUCACUGAGCCCCUCUAUCCUGGGUUCUGGGUUUAUGACUUUGACUCCUCAGUGUCCCUGUGUCAGAUAGAAUAACCCACACAUACUCUCACACACUGUGCUCACAUAGAUGUCAUUGAAGAUUGAACUGAUGGAAUUGAUAUCCCAGAGUGUUUGUAAAUAUUGGUGUGUGUAGAAUGUUUGUUUUGUUUUAAUUGUUGACAAACAGCAAUCUUGUCUUUGAUCUCAGUCCCACUGAAUGUGAUGAACUAAAUAGUGUCAUACUGAAUAAA